CCUCUCUCUCUCUCUCUCUCUCUCUCUCUCUCUCUCUCUCUCUCUCUCUCUCUCCACUCCCCCCUUUCUUCCCCACUCGGCUCCUCUCCCCCCUCGCGCCCACAGCGUUUGGUGUUGAUUCGAGCGGGAAGAGGGGGGUGGGUGGGAUUGGAGGGGGAGACCAUGACCUCCAGCUACGGGCACGUUCUGGAGCGGCAACCGGCGCUGGGCGGCCGCUUGGACAACCCAGGCAACCUCGACACCCUGCAGGCGAAAAAGAACUUCUCCGUCAGUCACCUGCUAGACCUGGAGGAAGCCGGGGACAUGGUGGCGGCACAAGCGGAUGAGAGCGUGGGCGAGGCGGGCCGGAGCCUGCUGGAGUCGCCGGGUCUCACCAGUGGCAGCGACACACCGCAGCAGGACAAUGAUCAGCUGAACUCAGAGGAAAAGAAGAAGAGAAAGCAGCGGAGGAACAGGACAACCUUCAAUAGCAGCCAGCUGCAGGCUUUGGAGCGUGUCUUUGAGCGGACACACUACCCAGAUGCAUUUGUGCGAGAAGACCUCGCCCGCCGGGUGAACCUCACUGAGGCCAGAGUGCAGGUGUGGUUUCAGAACCGAAGAGCCAAGUUCCGCAGGAAUGAGAGAGCCAUGCUGGCCAAUAAAAACGCUUCCCUUCUCAAAUCCUACUCAGGAGACGUGACUGCUGUGGAGCAGCCCAUCGUACCUCGGCCUGCUCCAAGACCCACCGAUUAUCUCUCCUGGGGGACAGCCUCUCCAUACAGAUCCUCGUCCCUCCCAAGAUGUUGUUUACACGAGGGGCUUCAUAACGGAUUCUAACGGAAGACACUGAAAAGCGCCAUGGCUACUUAUUCUGCCACAUGUGCCAACAAUAGCCCUGCACAGGGCAUCAACAUGGCCAACAGCAUUGCCAACCUGAGACUGAAGGCCAAGGAAUAUAGUUUACAGAGGAACCAGGUGCCAACAGUCAACUGAGGAAAAAAAAUUAAACAGGCCUAAGAAGAAAUCAAAAACCAUAAGACACCUAUCCUGCUCUGUCAUUUCUUCAUCUGCUGGAAAAAAAAUAUGUAGAAGCAAACAAACAAACAAAAAAACAGAACUAAAAUAUUGGGACCAUGGCAGAGAAAAGCAGGAGAGGAGCAAAAUGAAAAUUAGUUAACAAAUAUUCCUCCUCCCUCUGGAUACCACCAUCAUUGUUUCUGUGUGUGUUUAUUUUGUUUUUCCUUCUAUUCAUGCUUUGCUUGAUAUACUCCAAGCUUUUUCAGUUAGGUUCAGUCCACCCACUCCCAUAAUUAUAUGAGGUUUUAAAAAAAAUCUGCAGCAGCCAAAGAAAUAUGUAUAAAUAUUCAGACUGAUCACCCAGAACUUCUCAUCAAUCUGUUUGGCCUCAGUGCCUUACUUUGUCCUCUUUCUAGUUCUCUCUAGGAGCUUUUGAAAAGCCAAAGUCAUUCUGAAAAAUCUGUGCCAGACAUGCUUUCCUUUCUCAUUGUCUCUGUCUAUUGGUUAUAGUAGGGUUUUUCCAUCAGCUACCAGAAAAAAAAUUGUGUACAAGUUCUCCUCAUUGGUCUGUCUAAUCUCUCUAAUCAAUUUGAUUGGCUGUGUCUGGUGAAUUCUAAGCUCUAAAUUCUAGAUCUAAGCUACAGAUUUAAACUCUAAACUAUAGAUUGUAAUAUCACCAUCACCACUUCACACUCCUAUCCAAAGACUCAACCAUCUUAAGUUAAAGAUAUUUGUUGAGUUUGAACAAUUUGCUGUCACAGACUAUUUGAUAGAGGAAAUAUUUUUCACUUGAAAGAGGGAGAGAAAUUUCUCUAGGACAACAGAGAUUGAAUUGUGAAAGGCAUGGCCUAUAUCUUUUUGGUGCCUUAAGGGUAGUCUAAUGUACACACACACA